AUGGUGUUGGGCCGGCUGAAGCUACCUCCGACUAUUGCGCGGAGGUUGUUAUCCUUUCGCCCCUAUAGCACAAGCACAGAUCCGAGCCCAGUAGUUGCUGCCUCCAACUCGUCGCAAGGAGAUCUCAAACGAGGGUCGCCUCUAACCGAAGCCAUCGACGAAGAAUGGAGACAGCUCCUCAAGGAUCUUAGAACAAACCAGGCUCUCACAAAAGACAAUGAGCCGGUACCUCUCCCGUCGGAGCCGCAGUCGCCAUGGUUGCUCCAGCUAACAGGCACAUCCGCCAACCUCCAACCGUCCGACUUUUACCGCCUGGCACCGCAGUCCAACCAUGUGCAUUACUGGACCACGCAGGGCAGCCUGGCGGUUGUGACACAGGCCCGUCACCCAAGUACACAGGAGAGCGUCGACCACUACCGGCUCUACUUUGAGUCAGAGGCCGGCGCCUUGCGCUACCGCGACGAGGCCCUUCGCCUCCACAAACUAUCCCAGGAGCAUAAAACCUUGCUCGCCCAUCCGCCCUUGCCACGAAAACAGGCAAGAAAGAAAGCCAAAGCCAAAAAGAAGAGGGCAUCGAAGCUCGCGCAGGCUGCUAUCGACUCGCUGGACUCGAUGACAGAGCCAGACAACGGUAGCUCAGAGGCCGAUGGAAGCACGCAAGCAUCCAGUGGACAGCAGUCAGCCCCGGCCUUGACAUGGGGAGCUCUCAGGCAGCAAACGGGACCGCCAAAGCCAGCGGCACAGCGAGCUUCACGUCAAAAAGAUCUCGCCGCUGAAACCCGUUCCUUUUCGCUUGCUCCUGCCGACAUCGAGCUCGAUCUGCGGGGCCCCUUCCGGCCUGACCCGGAAGAUAAACCUCCUUGCAUUGAACGCGUGGCUCAGGUCCUGUUCGUCAUCUCGGGCGGCAGCGGCAACGGCUUCUCGAGGUCCGCCUUCGGUCGCCUGAUAGCCGCCGACGGCGAGCGUCGAAACCUGCGCUGGCGGCUGCGCGGUGGCGCCUCAGUCCUGCCGGUCCGCAUAGACAUGUCCCCUACCGCUCGGGCGGCCAGGAAGGAGUCUGGGGUCGACAACUCCGGCGACAUACUGCGCCAGGCGCUCGAGCUGGCGCAAGCUGUCGAGGCCAGCAACGAGACAGACAACGACGUGCCCUAUAUGCGUUACGUUUUAUCGUUUCAGGAUAGCGCCGAGGCCAAACGCUUUGCGAGGGAGUGGCACACGAGGAAACUUGUCUUCAACGAAGGAGAAUUGGUCUAUUUUGUAAAAGCUACAGCUCUCUGGUAG